AAGCAUCCAGUGCUCUUCCGCGACGACAAAUCCGUAAUUUGUUGCUGUGCGCAAUGCAUCUACCCCCUGCGCACCUUCCCCUCCCCCCCCCUCGCCUACAUCCCACACUUGUGUUAUCACUUUCUCCAUCUGCAGCACCUCACCUACACGACAAGCACGGUCGAAUCCUGCAGUCUUCAGGGUUUGUUGUCCCGCAGUGUUGCUGUUCGGCUCAUGAUUCUCCUGUCUCCUGGUGUUGGAUUUUUCGCAACUCAGCGAGUUCCAGGAGAAGCUUCCGAGGGGGACAAUCGAUCAGUCGGGUUGGUAAUGGGGAGGAUGGCGUGGAGGUGAGAGGGGUCGUGUGAAUGUAACUCUGCACGAUAAGUUCAACGAAGGUUUCUGGUGCCCGUGUCGCAAUGGAGGGCGUGACGAUUUCGUAGGGAGUUAGUCGCAACCGAAUAACUCUUCUGGAAGGUGAGGAGUCAUGGCAAGCGAUGAGCGAGAAAGCCGCACUGGGCAUGGAGAGGUAGUGCCCCUAGUGCACAAAGUGGAGGUGCCCCCAAAACGAAAUGUCUUCCAAGAAAUCGGGUCAGAAUUGUGGGAACUUUUCUUCCACGAUGCACCUGUCGACCAAUUCAAGGGACAGACCAAAAUGAAGAAGGGCAUUCUGAGUCUCAAAUUUAUUUUCCCUAUUCUUGAUUGGAUCCCCAAAUACAACUACAAAAUGUUGAUUGCUGACAUCAUAUCUGGGUGCACCAUUGCAAGUUUGGCAAUUCCACAGGAUCUAGGUUAUGCGAAGUUGGCUGGAGUUCCACCUGUAAACGGCUUGUAUUCUAGUUUUGUCCCUCCUUUAGUCUACGCAGUGUUUGGAAGCUCCCGCGACAUAGCGAUUGGUCCUGUUGCAGUGGUGUCGCUUUUGAUGGGAACUUUAUUGAAGCAAGAGAUUGACCCUAUUCAGGAUCCAGUUAAUUACUUGAAACUUGCUUUUACUGCGACUUUCUUUUGUGGCAUUUUCCAGGCUGGGUUGGGCGUGUUUCGGUUGGGAUUCGUCACCGAGUUUCUCUCCCAUGCCGCCAUUGUAGGCUUCAUGGCUGGUGCUGCCAUUACCAUUGCUCUGCAGCAAUUGAAAGGAUUGCUCAAUAUAACCAACUUCACCACAGACACAGAUUUCGUUUCGGUCAUGAGGUCUGUUUUUGGACAUAUCGAUGAGUGGAACUGGCGAUCGAUUGUGAUCGGGCUUGCCUUCUUGGCAUUCCUCAUUACUACUAAAACAAUGGCUAAGAAGAAGAAGAAACUGUUCUGGGUGUCGGCCAUUGCUCCCUUGACUUCCGUGGGUCUAUCCACUCUGUUCGUGUUUCUCACAAGGGUCGACAAACAUGGUGUCAAGAUUGUGGGUCAUAUCAAGAAGGGAAUCAACCCCGUCUCUAUCGGUGAUAUAUUUUUCUCCGGUUCCCUUGCUGCAGCUGGUGCGAAGGUGGGUCUAAUUGCAGCGAUCAUUGCCCUCACAGAAGGUGUUGCAAUUGGACGAACUUUUGCGGCGCUGCGAGAUUACCACAUUGAUGGCAACAAGGAGAUGAUUGCCUUCGGAGUCAUGAAUCUAUGUGGCUCUUUCACUUCCUGCUAUGUCGCUACUGGGUCAUUCUCAAGAUCGGCUGUGAACUACCAGUCGGGGGUGUGCACGGCCAUGUCCAACGUUAUAAUGGCCAUUGUGGUGCUCGUGACAUUGCUGGUGCUCACCCCCUUGUUCAAAUACACACCAAACUGCAUCCUUUCUGCCAUCAUUAUCUCGGCUGUGCUCUCACUGAUAGACUUGAGGGCUGCAUUGCUCAUUUGGAAGAUUGAUAAGUUCGACUUCCUUGCUUGCUUGGGUGCUUUUGUCGGCGUUUUCUUCGUCUCUGUCGAAAUCGGACUUCUCAUUGCUGUGUGUAUCUCUUUUGUCAAGAUUUUGUACAAUGUAACACGCCCCCACACUGCUCGCCUAGGUAACAUUCCUGGUACGAACGUGUACCGAAAUGUAACACAGUAUCCCAAUGCCACACUUGUGCCCGGCAUCCUCGCUAUUCGGGUGGACGCGGCCAUUUAUUUCUCCAACUCUAACUACAUCCAUGACAAGAUCCUUCACUACCUUGAGGAGGAGAUGCAGAGGCUCUCCAAGUCGGAUGGCGCUCCGAUUAAGUACCUCAUUGUGGACUUGACCCCUGUUACAAAUAUAGAUACUAGUGGGAUUAUUGCCUUCGAGGAGCUGGAAAAGACUCUCAAGCGAAAGAACAUCCAGUUGGCGUUCGCGAAUCCAGGAGCUUCAGUAAUCAUCAAACUCGACGACUCCAAAUUCCUGGCGCACUUAGGCUCCGAGUGGGUGUUCUUCACAGUGAGCGAAGCGAUUCAAGUUUGCACCAUGCUGCUGAAUCAAUCUGCAUCCGAACAAGUUUGAUUCUUAAAGUUUUCAGACGCCUAUCUAGUGGGCGAAGCGAAUCUCCACAUUGUUUCAAUCCAACGGAGCUCACGUCCAAAGCUUUUCAACAAAGAAUUCGAAGCAAGCGGACAUAUGUUACACGUAGAAUUCGUGUAGAAUUCUGGUCUCCGUUCCCUUCCGCAAAUGUAUGGUUUGGUUGGUAACAACUGAAACGAGUGUAAUUGACAUGGUUCUUUCAACAGAACCUUAUCUCUGCCAGCUUAA